AAUCAUAUCGCUGAGGAUGAAGCCUGCUGAUUGGUUGUUGGCUCUGGUGCUGCUGUCGCUGCUCUCCAUCAGCACCCAGCAGAACAUCUGCAAUGCCAAACCCAAAGACCUCUUCUUGGAGCCACGAUGCGUCUACCGCAGUCCUGACACCGAGCCCGAGGGCCCCACCCCAGAUCUCGGACCCAUUCCCGAAUCCACCAACCCACGUGUGUGGGAGCUGUCCAGGGCCAACGGGCGCUUCGCCCUCUUGCUGUACCGGCAGUUGGCGGUCAGCAAGGACAACACCUCCAACAUCUUCAUGUCUCCCAUCAGCAUCUCCACCGCCUUCGCCAUGACAAAACUGGGGGCAUGCAACCAGACCCUGGAGCAGAUCAUGAAAGUCUUCCAGUUUGACACCAUCAAGGAGAAGACAUCGGACCAGGUCCACUUUUUCUUCGCGAAGCUGAACUGCCGUCUGUACCGGAAGAAGGACAAGACCACAGAAUUGAUCUCUGCCAACCGGCUGUUUGGAGAAAAGUCGCUGACCUUCAACCAAACGUACCAGAACAUCAGCCAGAUGGUCUACGGAGCCAAACUGCUGCCACUCGACUUCAAGGAUAAGCCAGAUCAGGCCCAACUCACCAUCAACAACUGGAUUUCCAACAAGACUGAGAACCGGAUCAAGGACACCCUGCCAGAGGGAGCGGUCAACCCCAACACAGUCCUGGUUCUGGUCAACACCAUCUACUUCAAGGGUCAGUGGAAGAAGAUGUUUGAUAAGGACAACGUGUUUCAGUCCAACUUCCAUGUCAGUGAGAAACGGACCUGCACGGUCUACAUGAUGUACCAGGAGACAAGCUUCCGAUACCGACACUUUCCUGAAGACCACGUCCAGGUUCUGGAGAUGCCGUACAGAGGAGAUGACAUCACCAUGGUAUUCAUCCUGCCGGACACGAGCACCACGCUCACACAGGUGGAGGACAGUCUGGACCUCGAGAAGCUGACCGGCUGGUUGGACAUGAUGACGACAGUGACGGUGUCUGUCUACAUGCCUCGGUUUCAGAUGGAGGACAGCAUCAGUCUGAAGGAGACGCUUCAGACCAUGGGACUGACUGACCUGUUUGACUCACACAAGGCCAGUCUGCCAGGGAUGCUGGAGGACGGUGGCGACGCUCUCUACAUAUCGGAGGUCUUCCAUAAAGCCUUCCUGGAGGUGAAUGAGGAGGGCAGUGAGGCGGGCGCCACAACUGUGGUGAUGGUGACAGGACGCUCUUUCAGCUUUGUGCAGCGGGUUUUCAAGGCAGACCGGCCGUUCCUGCUCCUCGUCAGAGAGUCCACCAUCAACACACUGCUCUUCAUGGGCCGCGUGGUCAAUCCCUGCAACCAAUAAAAACAAGAGGCCAUCCUAUCUAAACGCUCUGACCCGCCUCAUCUUAAGUCCCACCCACCCUGGGUUGUUGAUCCUAGAUUAGAAUGCUGGGUUCAAUUUUUUUAUGGCUGUUUUUCAUCCCUUUUAUUUAAACAGGAAAUAAGGAACGAGAGAAAGUCAGACAAAAUCCUAAUCCUUAAUCCAUAGUCACAGAUAAUCCCUGUGUGAAAUUGUGUCUUUGUCCACCAGAUCCUGAUCACUAUAGACUAAAGGAAACCUAAGAACACAGAAUGAUGGGAUCC